UCUAAAGACUAAGGAGGGAAUUGCAAGGUUUCGGCCUAAGUGAGCGACAGGUGACGUUUUUUAGUUUUGACAUCCAAAUUUCGAUAGUGCGCUGAACAAACCGUAGCCCAGGUACCCAGCCGUUCGAAGGCGAGAUACCCGUGCUUUACUGUCCCUACCAGCAGCUCGUGUCCACAAACUAACUCAACCGAGUGGAAGAGGGCCAUUAAUGGAAACGUACCCGAGCCAUGCGGUGCCGAGCUUUACCAUCCCCACUCGUGGUCGUGCUUCUAUCAGUACCCGGGUAAUAGGGGAGUGUCGGGGCGAGUCCAGGUCUAGUAUCAGGUGGGUACCGAUCGGCUUCCGAACUGUUGUCUCUUUCGAGAGAAGCGAACACCAUCCAUCAAGGACGGCUUUGUAAAAAGUGCAAGUCAAAGCACACGUCCACGGGCGUGUUCUUGUCAUCAUGUUUUACUUUCAUUUUGCAUAUUUUCCAAUUUCGACCACAGGUGAACGAGGCAACUACCACCAUGGGCGAAAACAAUUCAAACCAGGACGCCGUCCCUUCUCCCAGCCCCAGCCCAACAUUCACAUAUCAAGAUGCCGUUCAAGAAAUCCGGAGCGGCCAGCCAAUUGCUCAGGUCGUGGACCGGCUUGUUUCUGAGAUGACGGAUUCCGAGCGUCUGUCCCUGUUAGACGGAGACGAAGACUUCUGGACAGGGUUCCGAAAUUUGUUUUAUGACCGAUUCAACCGAGUUCCCUACAUCUUUGGAGCGAUUCCUCGCCUCGGGAUACCAGGGAUUCAUUUCACAGACGGGCCGCGCGGUGUGGUUAUGGGCGCGUCGACGGCGUUCCCGGUAACGAUGGCGCGAGGAGCGACUUGGGACACUUCACUCGAAGAACGGGUAGGACAUGCCAUCGGGCUUGAAGCCAAAGCGCAAGGGGCGACCUUUUACUCCGGAGUCUGUAUCAAUCUGCCACGCCAUCCAGCCUGGGGCCGGAGUCAGGAAGUAUACGGAGAAGAUCCGAUACUUUUGGGCGAAUUCGGGUUGGCUUUGACUCGCGGAGUGCAGCGACAUAUAAUGGCCUGCGUCAAGCAUUUUGCAUUGAAUUCGAUGGAAAACGCGCGGUUCAAAGUCGACGUCGAGGUCGAUGAGGAUGUCCUCCAUGAAGUCUACUUGCCGCACUUUCGGCGAGUGGUCGAAGGCGGCGUGGCGAGUGUUAUGUCUUCGUACAAUUCAGUCAAUGGCGAAUGGGCGGGCCAGAACAAACACCUUCUCACUGACAUUUUGCGCAAUACAUGGGGGUUCGAUGGGUUUGUGAUUUCAGAUUUCAUCUGGGGGUUGAGGGAUGCAGUUGCCUCCGUCAAGGCGGGCUUGGAUAUUGAAACGCCGUUCAAGCAGCAGCGACAUCUGCAUCUGCCGCGUGCUUUGGGAUCUGGUGAUCUGGAAUGGGACCAAGUGAACAGGAUAUGUACUAGGAUCUUACGCAAGCAGCUUCAGUUCCACGAGACAUUGGACAAAAACAAGCCGGAUAUGGAUGUGGUUUUCUCGGAAGAACAUCGAACUCUGGCUAGAUAUGUGGCUGCCCGGUCUGCAGUUCUCUUGAAGAACGAGCCAGUGGAUGGGAAGCCUUUGUUACCAAUCGACCCAACCAAAAUCACCAAGAUUGCCCUGGUCGGCCGACUCGCAAACAUCCCAAACACAGGCGACAGGGGUUCCUCCCACGUCUGGUCUCCACACGUGGUCACAAUCUACGAGGGCGUCAAAUCUGCCUUUUCCCAUGCAGAAAUCAUUCUCGUCGAAGACACAGAUAUAAACUCCCCAGGGGCAGCAAGCAAAGCAGCCUCCAUUGCCGAUGCCGACCUCGUCCUCUGUAUAGUCGGAUACACGGACAAAGACGAAGGCGAAUACGCCGCUCCAACACUAAUGAAAGACCCAGCUCUGCGCGCAACGUUUCCCCCAGCAACAACAAAAGAAGAGAUCGAGGUUCUCCACUUUUUGGAAAAUGCAGCGCCGAGAGAAAAAGACAUCAACAAAUCCAAGUCUGACGACGCAUGGAAAGCCGGCGCCGGCGGUGAUCGCCAGAGUCUCCGUCUCCGACCCCAAGACGUCGAAACCAUCCAUGCCGUGUCACAAGCCAAUCCACGCACAAUCGUGUCUGUGGUCUGCGGCGGCGCCGUCAUCUUGGACCAAGAGUGGAAGAAUAAAGUCCCCGCCUUAAUGCUGAGUUGGUAUGCCGGCUGCGAAGGCGGUCAUGGGCUCAUGGACGUUUUGACGGGUAAAAUCCCGCCCAGUGGAAGACUGCCGUUUUCAAUUCCGACGCAUGAAUCCCAUUUGCCUCAUUUUGAUAUCGACGCGGAAAAGAUCAAGUAUGAUCGCUGGUUCGGUCAGGCGUUAUUGGAUAAGCUUGGUGUUGAGGCCGCGUAUCCGCUUGGAUUUGGCUUGUCUUAUACGACUUUCCAGGUCGACAACUUGCGUUUCGACUUGGCCAGACUAAAGUCCAAUCGCAAUGACAUUGACGCCGACGCCGACGCCAACGCCAACGGUACAGAUACAGAAACACACAGAGACGCAGACACACUCACCGUCUACGCAACUGUCAAAAACACAGAUGCCUAUCCUGGACGAUACAUCGCACAAGUCUAUGGAUGUCCAUGUCCAAAUAUCGCUGAUUUCCCCAAACGACUGCUUCUGGGGUUCAAUCAUGUCGAUUUGGAUAUCGCUGAAUCCAAGGAUAUUGAGGUCAUCGCGUCAAUCAGACCACUCCAGCAGUGGCGCGACGGCCAAUACCGAUUACGCUGUGAUAAGGUGGAGAUCGAGCUGGCUUCUUUUGCUGGCGAUCCAAUGGCUCUCAGAGAUACUUGCUACUUGCAGACCCAUUAUGGUUCUCGUAAUGGGCCGCAUCUGUGAACGGAACGGAAUGCGCUGCUGUGUUGGUGGCCAUUGGUAAAGAGCAUAACUUACUAACUAGGUAUCCAGAAGUCUCAUUGACACCGACGAUGAUGGGACAGCACCGAGUUGUUGCAGUCUCCAUAGACGAUAUAUCUUGCUAGGCAAUAAAUAGAUGGAAAACUUCAUACACUUGUUUUGGCCGGG